AUGGGGCUGCUGGACCUUCCAGUCAAGCUCAUACUUAUGAUCGAGGAACACCUCCCCACGCAAGCCGAUGUCUCUGCCUUGAUGAGAUGUCAUUCCUCUAUGCUUGCCAUUCUCCAAAAGAGGCUUUACAGCCGAGCAAAGUCGUUCGAGCUUGACUCCAAUUUGAGAUGGGCAUGUGAAAGGGGAAACGAAGGCCUGGCUUCUGCGAUGCUUAUCAUGGGGGCCGAUAUCCUGCUCAGCGUGAAUGACCCUGUGCCAUUGAGCAUCGUGGCAAUCCAUGGACACCUCAAUAUGGUUAAAUCUCUCCUCAAGCAUGAUCCAACAAUUAUCAACAACACACCAUACCCAACAGACGAUAAGUGUACCGCGAUCGUGGGCGCCACAAUCCAGCGGCAUACGGAUAUUGUAAAGUUCCUUCUUGCCCAACCAGACCUUGAUCCGCAAAAGCCAAGUUCAUAUUUCAUCUACAAAACAACACAUAAAUUGGGUGAAUAUGAUACCUUCCAUAUCCCCAUCAACCAAGCUCUUUACGACGGGAAUCAUGAGCUAGUUCGGAUUCUACUGGAAGACACUCGCGUGGAGCUGAGUCCUUUCAGUUUGAUUGCUGCUGCCCGAGGGGGCCACGAGGAUAUGGUCAGGCUGUGUCUACUACAAUUUUCGCAAAGGUUUGACCCCAAUGAAGAAUCCUUGCUUAUCAUCGCUACCCGAGACAACAACAUGGGCUUGGUCAAAUUAUUAUUGGAAGUGGCAAGCCAUUCUUCUGAAAUGGAGUGGGAAACAGACGGCAAAGCAUCUUUCAUCGUCAGUGCAGCGAAUCAAGAACCCCCAAACCCCGACAAAUCGCUUCUCGCAAGAAAUAACAUCAGCGUCGAAGCCACCGAUUAUGAUGGCAGAAGCCCAUUUACUUAUGCUGCAAGUUAUGGUAAUGUGGAGAUGAUGAAGAUACUUCUGGAUACCCGGAAAUUUGACGUUGACUUGCCAGACGAGUGCGGCCGAACACCAUUGUCGCAUGCCGCUUCAGUGGAAAAGGAGCCAGUGAAAUUCCUCCUCCCAUUGGAUGAUGUUAAUCCUGGUUCUAAGGAUCACAACGGCCUGACCCCAUUUCACCAUGCGGCAAUGUGUGGUGAAGUGCAAGUCAUGGCAGCACUCCUGGAUACCGGGAAAGUUGAUAUUAAUUACCCCGAUAUGCACGGUCAAACACCAUAUGAUAUCUUCACUGGAUGUUGA